AUGAAGAACCGUAUGCCCACGCUUCCAGUGUCAAAAGUCAGCUUGAAUAAUGGACCUUUCAAAAUUCUACCUGUCUUAAGGCAUAUUCUAGAACAGUAUGAAAAUUUGCAUAUGGCACAACCUUCUCCAAUUGACAAAGACAAUGCCAGCAAGUUCGUACCUCCCAGACUUUUUAGUUUGUUUCCGAAUCCCGGGUUGGGCUGGCGAUUUAUAAAGGUCGACGCUCAGAACCUCACAGGCAUUCUCCCCGAGGCAAAACAAGAAAAGCAAAUCAACGAGUCUCCAUUUGAUCAUAACCAAAGACAGUUCUUCCAAAUGUUUGAUUUUAAAAAGCUAGGAUUUCGAAGUUGGGAAGAGCUCAAAAAUAUGCCCGAGCAAAGAGGAAGGAUGUUUCUUAAUGGAAUGUACACCGAUGAUUAUACAUGUAGUGUCUUGUUCUGUAGAAAGGUGCUUCUGUCGUCAGUAGCAUAUGGUGUUUCUCUAGAACUGAGUGAUUUUACGACCGACGAAGUAGAUAAAUAUUUUCGUCCAUGUACUGUGGACCCAGGAAGAAAGGAUGCCUUUGUCUCUUAUCACGGUGGCACCGACAUACGCCGUCUGUCCUCUGCUGAGUACUACAGUAUGAGUGGAACUGUAAACCGCCAGAAAGCACAACAAGGUCGUAAACAAAGCUUAGGUAUCGAAAGCAUUGAAACAAAUAUACCUUCGCCAAAAACUGCAUCCACUCAACGAUACAUGCUAUAUAUAACUUAUAUAUUGCAACACAUGGACUCCCUAUUUAACUUUUACAAUUUUGAGACUACAAAGCUAAAAUGGCUAAACUAUAUUGGGUCACAAGAGGUCAUUCAAGAAAGCGUAAAUAUACUGUUGAAUGGUGGCAAGAAAUACAACAAAUCACGAAGAAAAAAUACAAAGAAGAACAGAAAAAAAAAGGAGAAAAGCUCGAAGACCUGCGGAACACACGCCUCAUAUCACACUAUCAGAAAGAACAAAACCCGUUUUGAAGAAGGUGACCGCAAAAAAAAGCCUCUUGUUAUCUUUGAUGAUGGUCUAAAAAAUAAAGGCCAUAUCAAGUUUAAAGGACUUCGACGUGGCGUCUCCAACAAGAUUUACAGACAGCUAAAGCGCAGAGAGGGACUUGGAGAGUUGUUACUUCUCGAUAUCAAUGAAUUCAAGACUUCCAAGGCUAGUACCUGCAACUCUUGCUUAAGCCAAGACCUUCAGAAUCUAAAAUGUGGAGAAGGUGAUGACAUCAAAAAAAUCCAUCAAGUAUUAAAGUGCAACACUUGUAAUAUUUUUUGGAACCGUGAUGUUAUGGCAGCCAAGAACAUGUUGACUAUUUCACGUUGUAUUUGGAAUGGUCAAGGUCGACCUAAUGUCUUCAAAAGACAACUCACCACCUCCAAUGUGGUUGCCUCAUCCCACUCCGGUGGAGCGCUGGCUUAA